ACACGACGGUCGUUCCACCGUCGUCACCCUACGGACCUCACACCACACUGUAAACGUCGUCAACCACCAUGGCGAGCCGUCUUCCGCUACUGGUUGCCCGUAAUGGACGGUCGCUCGUUCCACGAACUUCGUCACGAAGCCUAUCGACGAGUGACUCCUCGAGCGAACAAGCGAGCAAGGGCGACGGGACCGACAACAAACCCCCCGUGCAGCCCUUCGUCACUUCCAGAUUCCAACCGGGAGAAUGGAAUUAUGAGCGGACUGAUCCACUCUACCGUCCCAAAUGGGCCAACAAGACUAAGCUUAUUUCUGCGGAAGACUUUGCCAAUCGCCCGACGGUCGGCUUUUCCUGCGAGUUUGAAUCUUACCAGGAGGGCAUGGUGACCUUGAGUUGGCUGGAUCGCUCCGAACAGCAGCAAAUCUACCAAUUGUAUACGGAACUAAUGAAUCACUCGCAGCAGAAACACGGAAAAACCUCACACGAAUAUAUCAUGCGGGUGAUUGCACAAAAGUUUAACAUCACGGCGGAACGCACUGCAGCCACGGUACAGCUCAUGCACAAUGAACAGCAGAUUUUGAAGAACGAACCGGACCGGGUACUCCUGGACGAUUUGGCGGACGCGAUGGAUUACGAAAUCAAAGAGACGAUACGGGAUGCCUACAGUGUCUACAGAAUGAAAGCGCCGGAUUCCUUUGUCGAAACACCGGCUGGGAUUCGCAAGGAUAGCAAAAAGUGGAGUGUGGUGGAGGACCUUUUUGACGUAGACGAGCUAAUGAAGGAUACGAUCGUGCGUGAUGAGCACGACGCUAGACUCCAAAUUGAUGGAAAGAUUUACAUCGAGGAUGUUGACGAGGACAAAAUUCCGAUCAAACUGUCCAAAGAUUGCAAGAAGCUUUUGAAAGCCCAGAAGGAUCUCGCUGCCAGCACGAAAACCUUGCAGAGCUCCACAACAAAGUGGCCGCAGAAGGAAGAAAGUGAGCGACGCCCUCGCUGGAAGUAUGUGGCACAAACCGUGAAUGUACGGGAGCUCAAGAAGCAGAACAAGAAGCGCCGCUCGUACAAAAACAACAACCCUAUUAAUACUCUAGUGGAACACGACGGUACCUUGCGAGCGGGUAACAUGGCUGACGUCAAAAUGACGGCAUGGAAGCCAGUCCGAAACGAACAAGAGCAUACGUACGGUAGAGCGAAAAAAGCUUGGUUGGACCUCACGGUCCGCGGUGAGACCGGUGCUUGGGGCAAAGCUCCGGAGAAUAGGGUCCAACGUGAGGGUAACUUUCGUAGAUAUUUGGAGGAAGGACCGAACUAUCGCAAGAAUGAUGAAGCAGCAAUGGCCGCAGCUAAACAAGCAGAGGAUGCAGCAAAGAAAACCGAGGAGGCUGAUGCGGAAGAUGGAACAGGAGAAUCUUCCAACUCGGAUACCAAAGACGACGAAUAA